AUGUUGUCUUUUUGGGAUUUUUCUUUUGAUGCAGGUCAAAAGAACCAAUUGAUUGCAAAUGUGAGUCAUGAUUCAUCUCUAUCUGACACUGCUACCAAUGAUAAACUCCUCAGUGAGCUUCUAGCUCCCACUUUUGAUGAAGGAUCAUGCCUAAGUAGGUAUCAAUCUUAUUUAUAUCGCAAGGCAUCCCCUCAUAAACCCUCAUCAUAUCUGAUACUCAAGCUACGCAACUAUGAACACCUUCAUAGAAGAUGUGGACCCCUCACCAACUCCUUUGACAAAGUCAUGAAAAUGGGCAAAACAUCUGGCAAAAACGUUGCAGCUACAAAGUGCAAAUACCUUGUUUGGACAGCUGCUAAUGGCUUGGGGAAUAGGAUGAUAACCUUGGCUGCGGCAUUUCUUUACGCCAUAAUCACAGAUCGAGUUCUACUUGUUAGAUUUGGGUCUGAUAUGGUUGGUCUCUUCUGUGAGCCAUUUCCCAAUUCAUCAUGGUUAUUGCCUCAGAAUUUUCCUUAUCGCAGAGAACAGAAACAUAUUGAAACCUAUGAAAGUUUACUAAACAAGACACGUGAUUCGAAUGUGAUUUGGCCAUCAUUUCUAACUCUUAAUCUACAACACACCCAUGAUGGUCACAAUAACUUUUUUCAUUGUGAUCAUAGCCAAAGUCUUCUCCAGAAAGUUCCUGUAUUGAUUUUGAAGUCAGAUCAAUAUUUUUCCCCUUCUCUUUUCAUGAUUCCAUCUUUUGGGCAAGAGCUAAGCAAAAUGUUCCCAGAAAAAGACACUGUUUUCCACCAUCUGGGACGCUACCUUUUUCACCCAUCAAAUGAGGUGUGGGAUGUUAUUAGCAGGUUCUAUAAAGCUCACUUGGCCAAGGAAAAUGAGAGGAUUGGCCUCCAAAUAAGAAUCUAUAAUACUCAUCGAGCUCCACAUCAAACCAUCGUUGAUGAAAUAUUAACUUGUGCCUUCAAGCAUAGCCUGCUGCCUCAAUUGGGCCAUCACAAGUCAGUAACAUCUCCAUCGAAGAACAAUCCUUCAAAAGCCAUCCUAGUUGCAUCUUUAUACUCAGAAUACGGUGAGAAGCUAAGGGCUAUGUAUUUGGGCAACACAACUGUGACUGGGGAAGUUGUCAGAGUUUAUCAGCCAAGUCAUGAAGGGCAUCAAAAGUCGAAUGAUAAUGGGCAUAACAUCAAGGCAUGGACUGAAAUAUAUUUGCUGAGUUUGUGUGAUGCUUUAAUCACCAGCCCCAAGUCUACUUUUGGGUAUGUUGCUCAAGGACUUGGGGGUUUGAAGCCAUGGAUUCUGCAGAGAGCGUAUGGUGAACACAUCCCUGAUCCACCAUGUCUACAAGCUGUAUCCAUGGAACCUUGUUUUCAUUAUCCACCUAAACAUGAUUGUAAGGCCAGUAGAAUAGUGAAAUUUACUUCCCGUUUUCCGCAUAUUACGAAAUGUGAAGAUGUAAGUAAUGGAUUGAAGCUGGUUGAUGUUCAUCGCUCAGUGACAAAUUCGUGACAUGAGCGCUAAGUAUUUGCCAUCAUUGUGCCUUCAACAAAGGAGUUAUGUCUUGAAUAACAUUGCUAAUGUAGUUUCUUGGCUCUGGAGCUAAAGAUCAAAAGCUAAUCAUUUGCCAAAAUGUGAAAGAAGGAAAUGCAGUUCCUUUUGAUUUAGUGACUCUACGAAGUACGAUUUGUUCAGAAAAUGAAAGAGAGGUGGUCCCGGCUCCCGCCUACUUUUAUGAGGCCAAGAGUUUAUCACUUA